AAGAAGAAACAGUAGAGCGGAAUGCAGUUAAUGAAGUUGGUUGCCCACAAGUCACUCAAAAAUCGAAGAGCUUUUCAGUUUGCAUUCAUUCAUUCGGUAAUAGUCCGUACAGCUUCUUUUUAACGGCUACUUUAUGCCUUGCCGCCGCUCUUCUACCCCCCUUUCCUUCCCUCCCUCCCUCCCUCUGGUUUUUCUUUCCAUCAAGAAGUGUCCAUCCUUCUUGAAAUCGACCUUGUAUUGGAGGGGUGACCAUCAUGACAAAAUUCGAAGCCCUUCGUCGGUUUCUUCUCCCCUGCCUCCACAACGCCACCGACUCAAUGGCUCCUCCGGCCACGGCCAAAACCAAGAAACGCCUCAGCGCCUCUCUCCGCGGCGGCGGUUCCGACGACGUCGACGGCAACAAUAAUCCUAAGAAUUCUCAGGACAACCAAGAAACCUCGUCCUCUUCUUCCUCCCCCACCAUAUCAGCGCCGCGGCGUUCCUCCCGGACAAUGGUGAUCGGAACCAUCUUCGGCCACCGGGGAGGCCGCCACGUGUGGUUCUGCGUGCAGCCAAAUCGGCUGAGCUCGAAGCCGGCGCUCCUUCUGGAACUCUCGAUCCCCAUGGCGGCCCUCAUCCACGAAAUGCAGUGCGGGCUGGUGCGCAUAGCCCUGGAGUUCAACGCCCGCGAGACAUCGCUGGAGAACUGCCCUCUCCACUCAGUCCCCCUUUGGACACUUUACUGCAACGGGAGAAAGCAUGGGUUCGCGGUUAGACGAAAGGCAACGCCGCAGAACAAAGACAUGCUGAAGACCAUGCAGAAUAUUACAGUCGGGGCGGGCGUCUUUCCCUGCGGGUCAGGGUUCGGAUCCGGGUCGGCCCAAAACGAGAUUCUCUACAUGCGGGCCAAUUACGAGUGUGUCAUAGGAAGUGCCGAUUCCGAGUGUUUCCAUUUGAUCAACCUGGAAGAGGGACCGAGUCAAGAACUCAGUGUCUUCCUCAUGAGGUCAAAAUGAUUGUCAUUGACGUAUAUUUGGUUACAGUAAAAAUCGUUGUGGUUUCAAGAGGGAUGCGAAUGCAAAAACAAGGAAUGGAUGAAAAGCUGUGGCUCAGAAAAUCUGAGGUUUUCUGAUUUCAGGUAUUUUCUGAGAGAAGUGCACUUCCGUGGCUUUCUUCCUAACAAUAAGUCUUUUUUUGUGGGAAGAAAAAAGCCUUCGAAUGUAUUCUCAGGUUAAUUAAUUUAUCCGACGAGAAAAAAAUGUAGUGUGGCUAACAUCUUGUAAUUGGAGAGGAAGGCAUGUUCCUUCCUCAUAGAUAUUUUUAGUUAGAAAGGAAAGACAACUAACCUUCUGGUUCUCUUUUUACAUCGUUAGGCUUGUAUUUUCGACAAUUACAGAUUCACUCUUUUGGCAAUCAAGCAACAAUGGAUGGAUUUCUCAUCCAAACUUAACCUGCACUGA